AUGACGAUGGGCAACAACUCCUCAAAAGGCAAGGAGCGAGCCCAUGACCCUCCUGCUCUUCCACCUACCCUCGACCCAAGCCUGGGCCUCAUAGACAAGGCGGGCGACUCCUUGUCUGCAAGGUACGGCAGUCCAGAGCAGUCAAAGGUCGCAAAGUACAAGAGAUCAGGUAGCGGCGUCAUUCUAGGGCUGGACGAGUCACUUCGCAUCCUGCCCGAGAAGUCGGCCUCUCAGUCGACUGCAACCGGAGUUCUUGUUGGGCCAAAGGAUGCGCAUAGGAAGGGCAAGUCGCUGCUUCAAGAUUGGGAAAGGAUGAAGAGGCGUUCAGGCAAGCGCCUGGCUACCCCUAGAGGCGCUGGGAUGCAACGCGAUGAAGACUUCGUCAGCUUGGGAGCCUCUCGUAAACAAAGGGUCAGCCAAGCAACGGCCGUCGUUGAUCCUCUGCAGGCAGGACACGGCGAGAAUCGCUCCUCCUCUGAGACAGGCAGCAGCGACGACGAAAACAGGGGCUCGUACGAUCCAAGGCUGCGGCAACGCCUAUCCGACUUGGACGCAGUAACCCGUGAGCGGCCGGACGAUGUGCAAGCCUGGCUCGAGCUUGCUCAGCUGCAGAGCAGACUGGUUGAGACUGGCCUGUCCAACAGCGUCAAUGGCGACGACGAGGAUAAGAGCGAACGCUUGAAGCCGUCUUCCUCCUCUCGCCAUCGCAGCAACCUGCGCGGUCUAGCUGAAGUGCAACUCUCCAUACUCAACAGGGCCCGAAGCUCGCACCCAACCUGCAAGACCUCCGUCGAGAUCGGUCUCGCACGUCUUCGCGUCAUCAUAUCACAUGCUUUGGAGGCCCCAGCAGUCAUCGAAAAGGAAUGGCGUCGCAUUCUGCCUUCAGAUCCCCAGGUCGUCUGGCCCCGAUACCUCGAGUGGAGGUGUUGCGAGAGUGGAUACUCGACGCAUGACGUGGUUGAUGGAGCAUUUGCGGAGGCCUUCGGGGCUCUCUCUGAGCGUCAUGAUGCUACUGGCACCUUGAUUGGCCUUCAGCAACGCCUCGUCAAGGUGUUACCCAGCGGAGGGUAUCGAGCUCGAGCAUUCGCCAUCUUGCAGGCACAGCUUGAGUACUGCUUUGCCUGUCCAGAGGAGCUCGAGGCUGCCACCGUGGGUGAGAAGCUCGACGCGCUAGAGGUCAUGUGGGAGAGCGAAGUGCCUCGGCUUGGGGAGCUGGGUGCUGUCGGAUGGAAGCGCUGGUGGGCGGACAGGGGGCAGACUAGCCAUGCCAGCUCCUUCAGGCAGGGCUCAUCGGUGCUGUGGGAAAGCCCGCGCUCGCUGCUUGGCCGAUCAGACCAAGAAGCCUCAUCCAGAGAUUCGGAGCUGCAACAAUGGCUACAACGCGCACGUCGCCUGUCGCAUCGCCGGGCCCACCCAUCACGCACGACAGAUUUGCCGGAACUUAUGCUCGGAGAAGGCGAAGUAGACCCGUAUAGCGUCGUCUUCUUUUGCGACGUGCGUCCCUUCAUCAUUACAGACCCGCGCGUGGACAAGGAAGCGGUAUUGCUCUCGAUGCUAGCUUUCCUGGGGUUGACGUCAAAUGAAGCUGCGAUGAGGACGGCGUGGCCGGAGGACCUUGUGGGAGGCGGACGAGCAGCGCCGCGGCAGCGCAACCAGUUCGAUGUGGUAGAAGGCGAGCCGAUGCAGGCGCAGCGUACCAGCCUUCUAAGCGACUUGUCCCUCUUCCCUUUCAGAACAGGCGACCCCCUCAGCAGCGAAGCCCUUUGGCCCCUCCUGCACGGCUUCGCAUCGCUCCCGCCAUCGACAGCCCUUCACCAAGGCGCACUGCAAGCCUCGAUCACCCUCUUAGAGACCCUUCAGCCCUAUUACGACACGCGCUCACUCCAACUCAAGCUCCUCUGCCUCCUAUCAGGACCACAAGUGGCUGCCGCUCAGGCAAAGGAGUUCCUCGCCCAAGAAGGCGAGGCUUGGCCAUUGUGGCGUGCCUUCGCUUGCCUGCAAAGACAACUGGGCAACUUGAAGUCGGCGAGGAAGGUGUAUUGGUCAUGUUUGAUGUCGGAGGGGCUGGUGGCAAGGUGGGGAACGCAAAUUUGGGUCGAGGCGCUUGAGCUGGAGAUCGAGGCCGGGGAGGAGGGCAGAGCUGUACAAGUUGCCGUUGAAGCGCUUGUCAACGACCUUGCUGCGCCUAGUGAGCAGGGAGCAACGAAGAAUGUCCCAACCCCUAUCGACGUGCUCAGAGCCAAGGGCAAGGCUCAUGCGCUAGCUCUGGCAAAGCAAGGUGAUGACGGCGAUGACCCGUCCAAAGUGGAAGCUGCAGCCAUCCUUGCCGGUUGGCUCGAGUACCUCACUCAAGCGAGCAUUGAUCAACGUCUCUCCUCGGCCAUCUGUGCCGUCAACAAGCUCAUUGCUGCCUUCAGCCAAGAUACCCACCGGCAGCUCGGGCUGUAUCGUCUUCUCGGCCGCAUCAUCACCUACCAUCUUUCCCUGCCCAGGCCAGUAAAUAAACCCAGGGAGGUGAGGGAGGUGCUCCUCUCCGCUCUCAAGAUGUGCAAGGACUGCAACGGCCCGGAGCUGGAAUUCAUCUGCCUCCUCGCUGCACAUGAGUCACGCUUCAAGAUCGAGGGCAUUCUCCGAUCGACCGUGGAGGAGCAGCUUCUCUCUCCCCUCUAUGACGGCAAGGAUAUGACUCGUCCGAUCGCCGUAUCCAACUUCUAUGCCGAGCAGCAAAAGGCAGAACGCGACUGGUUGACCGCCCUAUACCUCGAGUUGCACCUGCAUCGCGAUACGGUCAAUGCGCACGCGAUCCGCUCUCUGCUCGAGCGAUCGGUGGAGCAGUGCGAGGCGACCAAGGGAAGCUGUGCGCUUUGGCGCUUCUACCUUUCCUUCGAGCUACGAGUCGCCCUUCUUCGCGAUCAUCACGGCGAGACUACUAGGGAGCGUAAGAAGUUGCGUCACGCUCUCGCCCGCCGAGUCAAGCCUGUGUUCUGGCGGGCGAUUGCAAGAUGCCCUUGGGAUCUGCGCCUGUACGAGACGGCGUUUGAGGAGCCGCUCGUACGUUGCUUCACACGGGAUGAGCUGCUCCAGCUGGGGGCGGUCAUGACUAAUGAGCGUGAUCUCAGAGUGUAUCGGGGAUGGGAAGAGGCGUUAGCACGGGCGGAUGAGAGGGAGGCGGAAGUUGAGCAGCUCAGUGGCAGCGAAAGCGAGGCCAAAGGGGCGUGA